CUGCUUUUCUCCUGCAGGCAGACUUGAGGCUCCUGUUGUGAAUUAGAACUCUCCUAGAUCUAUUACAGGUUGAGUGUCUCCCGGGGAGGCUUGUGUAGGCUACCAUCACAUAGGCUACACACUCCCGGUCUCGGAAGUUUAAUUAUUUAAUGACAUCUGGACUAAAAAGCCAUCAGCUGCCUCUGUGAGACGGGAAGAACAACAGAGUUAGAAAUAGCAUACUGCUGUCUGACGUCCUUCUCUCCUUCCGUCCACUCCCCCCCCCACCCUCUCUCUCAUUCUCUUUCUCUUUCGCUCACUCAAGCGCACAUACCAUCCUCCAUCACACACUCACAGAGGAAAGUUUGACUGCGUGUGGCUUCUGGUCAAGGAUAGAGCGUUUUAACGGAAUCCUCUAAUCGAAGUCAGAGAGGAACGCGCACACUCAAACCUUUUAGCGGACACCGGACAUUCAGUCAGUCAAGCAGUUUGUUGGCCUCUGUCUCGCAUGGACGAACGUUAUUACCUGGGAAACUUUGGAUGAUUUUCAACAAUUGCUCCUUCCAGAGAGGAUGUUAACAUUAACGGUCCGUUUCACAUGAAAACACCCUGUCAGAGUAUGUGUGUCUGUGUAGCCUGUGUGUGUGGUUUCAAAUGAGGACCUGCGUGUGUUUGUUUUUGGUUUCGUCCUGCACGGCUGUGGUUUUUGGAUUAUUAACCGGUGAGGAGCAGUGUUAGAGAUGUUUCUCUGUUUUAACGAUUUACCAAUUUAUUUAGCCGUUAACGGCUGACCCGGAAAGUCCGCAUUCCGCCUCGUGACUUUGGGAUUACUGCACUGGAACCUGCAAUGAUUCUGUUGAACGUUUUCAGCGUGCUGUUUCUGCUGGGGUGUGUGUGUGUGGUGUGUGUGUGUGGACAUGGAUGGAGGGAGUCCCUGGAGUGCGUGCGGGCAUUAGAGCUGUGUAACGGGGACAGCCAGUGCAGCUCCAGCUACAGGAUUAUGCGUCAGUGCCUGUCAGGCGGGGCGCAAGAUCGCCAGACCAUGCUGGCUAGCAGGGAGUGCCAGGGUGCCAUAGAGGUCCUACAGGACUCGUCACUCUACAACUGUCGCUGUAAGAGAGGCAUGAAGAAAGAACUUCAGUGUCUGCAGAACUACUGGAGUAUACACCAGGGCCUGACAGAAACCGGGGAGGACUUCUAUGAGCUGUCGCCCUAUGAGCUCCACGAAUUCUCAGAAGAGUUUAGACACGCCUCCAUCAUCUCAGACUCCUCUCUGUCCAAGGCCAACCCAUGCUCAGAGCCAGGAAAACCGUGUAACCCAUGCCUUGACGCAGCCAAGGCCUGUAACCUCAACGAAACCUGCAAGAGACAACGCUCCAAUUACAUCGCUAUCUGCAACAAGCCUCCUCAGCCCUCACAGGCCAACCAGGAGCCUUGCAGCCGCAAACGAUGUCACAAGGCCUGUGCAGAGAGACGUAGACAGACCAUCGUACCUGCUUGCUCCCACCAGGAGAAACACAGACCCUCCUGUCUAGAGCUACGGCGCAACUGCCGCUCCGACGCACUCUGCAGGUCAAGGCUGGCUGAUUUCCAUACCACCUGUCAGACGACUGGUCACUCCAUCAACAGCUGUCCCCAUGAUAACUACCACGGCUGCCUAAUGGCCUACGUAGGCCUCGUUGGGUCUGAUGUGACUCCUAACUACAUGGACAGCAGUCCCAGUAACAGCACCAUCUCUCCUUGGUGCUCCUGCAGAGGGACUGGCAACCAGGAACAGGAGUGUGACGCCUUCCUCAGAGACUUCACACACAACACCUGCCUCAAGAAUUCCAUCCAGGCGUUUGGCUAUGGAUCAGAGGGGAGUGUACUUCCCGUCACAGAGUCUUUGGCCACGCCCUUUCCUCCCAUACAGCCACCCCUCAACUCUAAGCCCGCUCCCUCUCUCCAAGCUAAUGACAUCAAGCCUCUGGAUAGCGCUUGUGUUUUCUCAACCUGUGCCAACCUUAAGGAUGGAGGACAAAAGUGCAUUCCUUCCAAUGACUUCGAGUGUGAAGAGGCAUUAUUGGCCCAAGGUUCUGUGGACUCUGAGGGAGAGGAGGAGAGAGCCCAGCGCUCUGCAGCAGCCUCUGGACCCCUGGGUGUGAGAGGGUGUGUGAGUUUGUAUGUGGCCAUGCUGGGGCUUCUGCUCCAGGCUCUGUAGCACACAUACUCACCUGACCCCUAACCUAUAAACCCCGUCCUCGGGGUCAGACAGGAAGCUAGAACGCCACGCACAGGAACUUCUGUGACAUCCCAUCCUCCACUGCCAUGUCAACCAAAACAACAACAACAACAUCAAUAUAGGAGCCGAGAGAAGAGGAGAGCAGAGGAUAAGAGAGGAGCAAAGUGAGAAUGGAGAAGUGAGGAGAUGAUGAGGAUAAGAGAGGAGGGGAGAGAGACGAGAUGGGCACUGAUCCCACAGCACAGAGAGAAAGAGAACAAUAGAGAGAACAUGAGACAGAUGCUGGAUCGACUGAAGGAUGUUUUGAUGGAUCACCAGAGAGACUUGAGCCUCUGAUUCUGUCCUAUUCUCCUACCCGAAACAUUGAGGACUGAGUUCUACAUUACCAUACUUUGUAUUGAUGCGUUUUUCUGAGUGCAUGGACACUUUGGCUGAGCUGGCAAUUCUGAUGUCUUAACUGGUAGAGAGUACAAUGAGCUUGUGAAGUGUGCUGCCAGCAGACGCACUUGUUAAAAUAAUCUAAUUGGAGACUGCACCUCCAGAAAUUCAUGCUCAUGCACAUUUUAAAAGAGACUGUAAACCUCAAGUGCGGAGAAUGGGACAGAGCAACAAUCAAGGAGAGGACUAAUGAUCUAGAGCCAGUGACUAUAUACUUUGAUUUAAUGGACUAUACUGACGUUGGACCGGACAGUACUGACUCUAUUGUGAUUGGAGCAGAAAGUCCAGAGAGGCGGGACUGUUCCUCUGUCUCUUACCUCAGUAAUACACACCACCUUCACACACACACAGACACAAAUCACAACGCUGCAUCUCUCUCUCUCGCUCCCUAUAGUCCUCACUGCCUGGUAGACAGGGUUAACACACAUGCACACGUGUGUGUGUUACACACGUUCGAACACACAUUCAAAAAAAUACACACACACACAUACAUAUAUAUACACAUACAGCUGAAGUCGGAGGUUUACAUACACUUCGGUUAGAGUGAUUAAAACUCGUUUUUCAACCACUCCACAAAUUUCUUGUUAUCAAACUAUAGUUUUGGCAAGUCAGUUAGGACAUCUACUUUGUGCAUGACACAAGUCAUUUUUCCAACAAUUGUUUACAGACAGAUUAUUUCACUUAUAAUUCACUGUAUCACAAUUCCAGUGGGUCAGAUGUUUACAUACACUAAGUUGACUGUGCUUUUAAACAGCUUGGAGAAUGCCAGAAAAUGAUGCCAUGGCUUUAGAAUCUUCUGAUAGGCUAAUUGACAUCAUUUGAGUCAAUUGGAGGAGUACCUGUGGAUGUAUUUCAAGGCCUACCUUCAAACUCAGUGCCUCUUUGCUUGACAUCAUGGGAAAAUCAAAAUAAAUCAGCCAAGACCUCAGAAUAAUUUUUUAGACCUCCACAAGUCUGGUUCAUCCUUAGGAGAAAUUUCCAAAUGACUGAAGGAACCACGUUCAUCUGUACAAACAAUAGUAUGCAAGUAUAAACACCAUGGGACCACGCAGCCGUCAUACCGCUCAGGAAGGAGACACGUUCUGUCUCCUAGAGAUGAACGUACUUUGGUGUGAAAAGUGCAAGUCAAUCCCAGAACAACAUCAAAGGACCUUGUGAAAAUGCUGGAGAAAACAGGUACAAAAGUAUCUAUAUCCACAGUAAAACGAGUCCUAUAUCAACAUAACUUGAAAGGCCGCUCAGCAAGGAAGAAGCCACUGCUCCAAAACCGCCAUAAAAAAGCCAGACUACGGUUUGCAACUGCUCAUGGGGACAAAGAUUGUACAUUUUGGAGAAAUGUCUUCUGGUCUGAUGAAACAAAAAUAGAACUAUUUGGCCAUAAUGACCAUCAUUGUGUUUGGAGGAAAAAGGGGGAAGGCUUGCAAGCCGAAGAAUACCAUCCCAACCCGUGAAGAACGGGGCUGGCAGCAUCAUGUUGUGGGGGUGCUUUGCUGCAGGAGGGACUGGUGCACUUCACAAAAUAGAUGGCAUCAUGAGGGAGGACAAUUAUGUGGAUAUAUUGAAGCAACAUCUCAAGACAUCAGUCAAGAAGUUAAAGCUUGGUCACAAAUGGGUCUUCCAAAUGGACAACGACCUUAAGCAUACUUCCAAAGUUGUGGCAAAAUGGCUUACAAUAGUCGCCUAAAUGACAUACCCAAAUCUAACUGCCUGUAGCUCAGGCCCUGAAGCAAGGAUAUGCAUAUUCUUGGUACCAUUCGAAAGUAAACACUUUGAAGUUUGUGGAAUUGUGAAUUGAAUGUAGGAAAGAGAAUAUAACACAAUAGAUCUGGUAGAAGAAAAUACAAAGAAAAAACACAAUCUUUGAAAUGCAAGAGAUAGGUCCCAGUUCCAGCCAUCACUCCGGUUGUAAUUCCAAUAGUGUCGACAAGAGAGCAGCAGUGUGGUUGCAAAGUUUCAGAUGGAUAACGUGAAGUAUGAGCGAGCUACAUGACAUUUAGUGUGAAGUCACCCAGGUACAUUUGGGCAAAUCGUGAAAGAGACAUUUGAAUGUCUGUAUACUUGGACUUUGAUUUAGCUUUUCCAGUAUUAGUAGCCAUAUUAUAUAAGUUCAACAUUUGCAAAACAACCAGUUUUCAUAACUUCAUAACUCUGAAUAUUCUUAUAAUUUUUGUCCAAAAUGAAAAGGCAUGCUGUCAUACAAGGUUAGUAGCUACAUUUUACGACAUAUACAGGGUUUCCGGAUACUCCCGUAAAGCCCAGCUCAUUGGCUAUCUAGCUAGCUUUGUUUGACCCCGAUUGGUGCUUAUUUGACAAAGUUAGUCGUUCAAGUGAAGACCGCCCGCGUCAUCGGCGUGCCAUGAAGGCGUCGCUCUCUGACCAAAUAUGGUGUCCUAUAGGAUAUACUACACCCCUAAUGAUAUAGUGAAGUGUGGUUACGUUCUAGGAUCUCUAAGGAAUACAUACGAGUGGGAUUUGGCUGGUUGAAACAACGUUUAGGGUUAGAUUUUCACAGAUUCCUUUCUUUGGAGUGGAAAUACAAAAUCGAUCGUGCAUGCUAUUUGGACCUUUUUAGGAUAUGAAAAGGAUUUUAUCUAACACACGACACUUCCUGUUAUCUCUGGGACCAUUUGAAUGAUAAAUCAGAGCAAGAUUUCAUUCACCUUCAGAGGUGAAUUUAUCAAACCUGUCGCGGUGAAAAAAGUGUUUUGUUGUUAGGAGCUCUCCUCAAACAAUAGCAUGCCAUUUUUUCACGGUAAUAGCUACUGUAAAUUGGACAGUGCAGCUAUAUUAACAAAAAUGUAAGCUUUCAGCCGAUAUAAGACACUUCUAUGUAUCGACAAUUGCUGUUACUCUAAAAUCUGCAAUCAUGAUGCAAGGCGCUGCAUGAUUUACAGCUGUCCCGUUUAUGGGACGCCUAUCCCUAAUUAAGGACAACAAAGUCAAGGUAUUGGAGUGGCCAUCACAAAGCCCUGAUCUCAAUCCUAUAGAACAUUUGUGGGCAGAACUAAAAAAGUGUGUGCGAGCAAGGAGGCCAACAAACCUGACUCAGUUACUCCAGCUCUGUCAGGAGGAAUGGGACAAAAUUCACCCAACUUAUUGUGGGAAGCUGGUGGAAGGCUACCUGAAAUGUUUGACCCAAGUUAAACAAUUUAAAGGCAAUGCUACCAAAUACUAAUUGAGUGUUUGUAAACUUCUGACCCACUGGGAAUGUGAUGAAAGAAAUAAAAGCUGAAAUUAAUAAUUCUCUCUACUAACUGACCUAAAACAGGGAAUUUUUACUCGGAUUAAAUGUCAGGAAUUGUGAAAAACUGAGUUUAAAUGUAUUUGGCUAAGGUGUAUGUAAACUUCCGACUUCAACUGUGUGUACAUGCAUACACACACACACACACACACGUGCAUAAACACCAUCUCAACGACACCUUGCAGACUUCUGCAGACACUAUUGUAAGUUGAAGUGGUUUUCUAACUCAGUUGUGUUGUUGAGAACUGCUAAAGGAAAAUGGAGUCGAUGUAAAAACAUGAUUUUAAAAAAAAAGUCUCACUGCACAACUGUGUGCGGCAGUUUGAGUGUAUACAUUUGUAUUAUAUAGCUGUGUGUGUGUGUGCCUGCGUGCAUCCGUCCGUGUGAGCGUGAGUGCGUGUGUGUAUUAUAAUUGUGUGUAAUAUACCUCUGAGACUGUGGAGUAUUUUUCUAUGUUGGAGACGCGGAACGCGGACGUGACACACACUUGUUGGGUGUAACACAACUGUUGCUAUGGAGACUGGUGGUGCCAACACUCAUUUGUGUCAGGUCUUAUUGUACUUGUCAUCUUUUAUUUUCCUGCCGGGAGACAGAGGGAAAAAAGAGAGGAGGAGAGAAGAAGAAGAAGGAGAGAGAACAUGAGAGAAGUUAGAGGAGAUGAGCGGAGGCUUAUAACGUGCAGGUUUCUAUGUAAGCUUUAACGGAAUUACAGCAGUGUAUAUGAAAUAUGUGUCUAGAGGCCUCAAUAAAAACCUCUGUAACAUUG